AACUAUCCCCACUCUUCCUGUUUCCAGCCUCGUGUCAGAGCUACUACUGACCAUAACUGCAGCUGAAACAAGAAGGAAAUGAGUUGGCUCCGUGCACACUUCAGAGACAGAGGUCCUCACAGAAGACCCUCUUCAGAGACAGAAGCAAUGAAAAGGCAGAGCUCUGCUCAGGAGCAUGAGAUUAUUGAAUUACAGGAACAUAAUGUGGAUGAAAGGGAGACUGAUCAUGACAAGCCUCUAAAUGCUCAGACGAGAAAGCAGAGCAAAGGUCUGUGCAGAGGUGUCUACAGAGAGUGUUUUCCUUUUUCUGCUUGUGCUCCUGGAGGAAUCUCUCUUGAGAGAUAUCCCUGGAAAUCAUGCAGGAAUGUAAUUUUCUGGAAGUGUAAACUAUGGAUGGUUAUAUCUAUGAUAUUUCUAGUGAUCUUCCUGGUCAUUCUCAUCAGCCUAAUUCUUUAUUCUAAUGUUUACACAGAUGAGGAUGACUACUGGGAUCCUAAUGAAUUACUAAGCAAUGGAAAUUUUCACAGUUUUUCAGGAACAUUGGAGUUAAUGUGUGUUCUCCCACACUUCUCCUCCAAGGACAUUACCAAGAGGCUAACAGAGGUCUACAGCUCAUCUCCAGCUUUAGGACGUUACUUUAGGUCAGCUCAGGUGAUUUCUUUCAGUAAUGAAAGCUCCACUGUAAUUUAUCAGCUAGUGUUUUCUGUACCACCAUCAACAGAGGAAUUUAUGAAAAACAGUAUGAACCCAGAUUUUAUAAGGAACAUUUUACGUCAAAAUAUUUAUGAUGAAGAUACUCUUAAUCCUGGGACACCUGAAUGUGACAGGUUAAAGCUCUACCCAACUUCUCUCACAUAGAAAUUAUGGAAAGAUUCCUCAUCUUCAUCACCACCUAGAAGAGAUGGGAUUCCCUAUCUAUAAGUAAUCCCAUGGCAGGAACUAUUCAUUAGGUAGAAACGCUUCUAAAAUUGUUGUCCUAGAAAUACUGCCUUUGGUGAAAUACUGUAAAUGGAAAAUGUGGUAUAUUUAUGACAGGGUUGUAUUGCUAUAGCACCACAACCUCCUUCUUCUAUAUCUCAAUAAUCCAUUUCACCCUUGAGAAAAUAAUGUAUUUUAUGCAUGCUCUGCUGGCUUUGAAAGCUCGGCUUUGUCUUGCCUUAUGAUUAAAUCUGAAUGCUCUGCAUGAGCUUUAAAAGCAGUCUUGCACAUGGCUCCUUUCUUUUUCUCUUGGCUUAUGCAAAAUUAUCUGUACAGCUUCAUCCUCAAUGCUCACUUCUACUCAAACUCAUAUCUGUUAUUUUUUUCCCUCCAAACUUCAUAUGCCACACUUACUUGUUGCUCUUUCCUUGUAAAACAGCCUAAAAAUAUUUAGCCUGAAAACCUAAAAAUAUUUAUGUAUAUGUCUGUGUAUAAUGUGUUUGUAUUCUUUAAUUACAUGCAAGGCCUUUGCACUAGCUUCUUAAGAAUGCUUUAGCUCUCAUAAUUUCCUUAUUCUUCCUACAGUCUCCUUGGAUAAGGUGUUCUUUGCUCUGUUUUUCUCUUCUUCAAUGUGAAAUAUGAAAGAAGAAAGCAACAGCAUGAAGAGACAUGUCUUGUUCACUAACACAGCUGAAUGUCACAGGAAGAUUUAAAGGGUCGAAUUAUCAGUGUGCUUUUACAGUUAGCUACUACUACUAGUGAAUAGACAGAUACUUGAUCUGUUUUUGUAAAACUGAAGACUAGUCAAUAUCCUUAAUUUUAGUUCCUGCCCAGCACUGGUGAUAAAAAUGAACAGAUGUAAGGUAUUUGCCUUUAUAAGGCAGUAAAUAGAUGUUCUUGUUGAUGAGAGACCAGAUGAGAUGAAUCAGUGCCAAGAGGAAGGUGCUGAAGCAGAAGAUGUAGGCCAGUGUGGCAUAAAAGUUACAGACAGUAACUAGCUAUAGCAUAAAAAUUAAGCUAUAGCAUAAAAAUUAACUUUAUGCAGAAUUGAACAUAUUCACUACCAUGUGAGUGAAGUGUAUCUUGUCAUUUAUUUAUAGUCCUAUAAAUAUUAGUACUGUUGCAUAGACCUUUUAUUUUAAGAAGCAUUUUGUAUUGUAAGAAAUAUGUAAAGGAAAAUUGUUUUCUCUAAUAUUACUAGUUUAUUUAAGGAGUAAUCUGACGAUGUUAUUGUGCAUUAAAUUAUUUAUUUUUACUCUUAACAUGACUGUUUUCAUUCUUUAGCAGCUCUAGUCUUUCAGCCAUGUGAGUUGGAAAAUAGCCAUUGGAAUUCUAAAUGCUGAGCUAUAUGAAGCAUGUCUGACAGAGCUGUAUGCUCAGACCCAUAGUUGUUGUUGUUGCUGCAUGUGUUUAAACUGAGUUUGGGAAAGGUUCUGGACCAAAUCAGUAGUUUGUAUGACUCUCAUGUCUGCAGCUUAUUCUGAUUCCCUCUUGGUUUGUAAGAUACAGGAACUAUAAUUUCUCUUGCUAUAAUAGUCUAUGCAGCAUACAGGUAGAAGAGAGAUUCCUUUUGAUUCUUACGCUGGGGAAGGAUAAACUUCAUGGUUUAUAUGGCUUGUCCCAAAAGCAGCAGGCUAUGAAAGUACCAGCAGCAAAGAACUGAAUUGCUGUUGAGAUGCUGUUCAGUCUUACUGCUCUCACCGAGACACCUGAUCCUUUCCUUGAACACUUC